CAUGUUCAGACUCGCAGACACAUUGACUCAGGCUCUGGGAAAGUACCAUGGCUAAGGGAAAGAAGGGACCAAAGGGCAAAAAGAUCACUUUAAAAAUGGCUAAAAAUGCCCUCAGGGUAACACCCGAUGGAAAAAGGCGGCUUGAUCUGAGCAACAUGGGUAUUGACACUUUCCCGAAAUGCCUUCUCAAGCUGACAGGCAUGGAGGAGCUGGACCUAAGCCGCAAUCAGCUAAAGACGAUCCCUGAUUUCAUCGGCAAGCUCACCGGUGUGCGCUGGCUCGACCUGCACAGCAACAAUAUCAAGCAACUACCGAUCAGCAUCGGGCAGCUGGAGUCACUGUGCCACCUCAACCUGUGCAACAAUAACCUGGACUCAGCCGGUUUACCCGCUGACAUCGGCAACCUGAAGAGCCUGCAGACGCUCAACCUGGGUUUGAACCAACUCACUGCUCUUCCUCCCACCAUGGCUGCCCUGACCAACCUCAGAGAGCUGGGUCUGUUUGACAACAAGCUCACCACAGUUCCUGAGUUCAUUCAGGCCCUGCCGAACCUCAAGAGAAUCAACACUAAGCGUAACCCUGUUGCAUACUCUCAAGGAGAUGCCAAAGAUGUGAAAGCAACCAAGGGUCUGUAUUUAGUGAGGGAGGCAGAUCUGUGUAAGCUGUGUGCCGAGAAAUGUAGAGAGGAGCGGAUGAGAAUGAAAACGAAAAUGCUUUCAAACCAGACUCAGCGGAGGAGUCACUUUUCAGGACUGGUCACACCAAACUCCGUGGCACAUAACAAUCAGGAGCUGUGGCGCUAGACCAUUGCCUCAACUCACGUGGGUCAAAAAUGGCAUGCCAAGACAAACAUAUGGAUUCAUAUAAGAUGAUAUUUAAAGACAAUUAAAUGGC